UCAAUCUAAAUAAUUCAUAUUUUCUUCUUUUUACUUGAAAUGUGAUUAAAAAAAGUUUUGACCAAAUAUUAAAAAGCGUCUGARCAUCUCUGUUAAUGCUCUCUUAUUUUAAUGUUGCUACUUUAUUGCCGCUCGCGAGACAUCAGGAGCUUUUAACGAAGCUCGAGCGCAGAUGUUUGGACACAGCUGCUCUCUGAUUGGUCGUCGCGCGCUCAAGCGGCACUUCAAAGAAGCCAGAAGUAGUAAAGGAUCCGAGCGAACGCAGCGGAGAGGGAUUCAGCCACGAGCGGAACCAGUUCAGAGCCUGUUCGGUGAGGAAAGUCUCGGUUCGGUCCAUGGCGGCACUGCUAGGGGAGGAGCCGCGGCUGGGCAGCACCCCGCUGGCCAUGCUGGCCGCCACCUGCAGCAGAAUCGGCGAGCCCACCCCGUCCUGCUCCCCUGGCCUCUCAGACGGCGCGCCGGGACUCAGCAAAGGUUUCCACCCGUGGAAAAGGAGUCCUCAGGUCAGCGGCCCCACCUGCCUCACCUCCUUCACAGUUUCUUCUGGGGCCUCCAGAACCAGCGGGACCGGACUGACCGAGUCCUGCAGCGCUUUCACCGUGACGGCCGCCAACCCUGCUGUGGGAAAUGAUUUUACUGCUGUGCCGUUAUCAGACAGUGUCUGUGAUUCCGCGCAGCGCCAGGUGUUCAUGCCAAAACUACCUCCGUCUGUGGAAAGCUUGGGUAUUUAUCCCAGGAUGCACCCCUAUGAUUCGUGGUUUAAGCCCGUGGGAGAAGUGGGCAGCGGGUCGCCUGCGGCUUGGUGGGACAUGAGCGCCGGCUGGGUGGACUCGCAGAACCCAGGAGGGUUACCUCUGAGCGGCUACAGCACUGACUACAGCUCCGCCUUCAGCCCCGGUGCGUCUCAGCACCUGCUGCCCGCCUCACAACACCUGUUCGACGGCUUCAGGCCUCCGGUCACAGCGCCCUACUCGGAGAGCACAGCUGCGCCUCCGCUGACGGGAACCCCCGCAGCUUCGCGGCCCUCGUCGCGGCGCUAUUCCGGCAGAGCCACGUGCGACUGUCCGAACUGCCAGGAGGCGGACAGCCUGGGCCAGGGCGGCUCGAGCCCCAAGCGGAGGAGCGUCCACAGCUGCCACAUCCCGGGCUGCGGGAAGGUUUACGGUAAAACGUCCCACCUGAAGGCCCACCUGCGCUGGCACACCGGGGAGCGGCCGUUCAUCUGCAACUGGCUCCACUGCGCCAAGCGCUUCACGCGCUCCGACGAGCUGCAGCGCCACCUGCGCACGCACACCGGGGAGAAGCGGUUCGAGUGUCCGGCGUGCAACAAGCGAUUCAUGCGCUCCGACCACCUGAGCAAACACCUGAGGACGCACAGCUCCGACGGCUCGGCGGCGGAGGGAGACCCGGGGCYCGGGAAGACGAGCAGCGACAGGGACGAGAGCCCGACUCGGUCCACCGGAGCGCGGGAGAGGGUCCGGAGCGCUGAAGGAGCCGCGGAAUGAUUUUAGCAGAAACGCAACAAGUUGGAACUUAAUUUACMUUAAAAAAAAAAAAGUGUCCAAAACUCUGACAAACUUUGACAGCACUUUAUUUAUGAACUAUGUUUUCUUUAUACCUCAGUUUGACUUUUGUAAUAAAUGUUUAAUUCUUUCCUUACCUUAUUAUUC